AUGACAACUCAAAAUCCUCUAGAGACGACAUCUCAAAAUCCUCCAGAGACGGCAACUCAAAAUCCUCCAGAGAUGACAAUUAAUAGAGCCGUAAAAUGUCUGGACAAGCGAAAUGACAACGAGUUGAUCUUUGCCGCCGCUUGGAUUCAGAACCAAUGUUUGGAAAAUGACAAAGCCAGAGUUGAGUUUCACUGGGAGGAUGGGGCUGGAAAGCUUCUACAGCUGCUCAAAAGUAACAACACACGGGUGCAGUGUGUCGCAGCAGGGGCCUUGCGUAAUGUCGUCUACAAAAACAGAGGCAACAAGAAACACGUGAAAUACGAAAACGGCCAUACCAUCAUCCUGAAUUUACUGAACAAGACGCAAGAUGAGGACACCAAACACCAGCUUGCAGGUCUCUUGUGGAAUCUGUCUUCAGAUGAUGAGAUCGCGUUACUUUUUGAUGAAAAUGUCUUUAACGUCCUCACCAACGUGAUUUUGGUGCCAUUCUCUAACAGAAAUGAAGAAUCCAAACGUGAUUUGAUCGUCAAUCCCAAAGCUUUCCUCUGUGCUAUACAGUGCCUACUGAAUCUGAGCUCUCACUGUCACCACAGGAAGAAUAUGAGGCAGUGUGAAAAUCUCCUUGACUCUCUAGUUUCCUUUACUACACAGUCUGCAACCAAACCCAGACCUGAUGACAAGUCCACAGAAAUCUGUGUCUGCAUCUUUUGUAACUUGACCUUUGAAGCUGAGGAAGACUGGAUCCCUCAAACCACCAAAGAUAAGGGAGAGACUCAACAAACUGCAACCACCGAAAAUAAGGGAGAGACUCAACAAACUGCAACCACCGAAAAUAAGGGAGAGACUCAACAAACUGCAACCACCGAAAAUAAGGGAGAGACUCAACAAACUGCAACCACCGAAGAUAAGGGAGAGACUCAACAAACUGCAACCACCGAAAAUAAGGGAGAGACUCAACAAACUGCAACCACCGAAAAUAAGGGAGAGACUCAACAAACUGCAACCACCGAAGAUAAGGGAGAGACUCAACAAACUGCAACCACUGAAGAUAAGGGAGAGACUCAACAAACUGCAACCACCGAAGAUAAGGGAGAGACUCAACAAACUGCAACCACCGAAGAUAAGGGAGAGACUCAACAAACUGCGACUCCCAAAGAGAGAACUUGCAGCUGUUUUCCUUAUCGUCCUGCCAAACGUCGAAAGGACCCAGAGGACAAAGAGAAAGCAGAGGAAAAAUGCCCCCUGCAGAAUAGUGAUAACCCACGGGGAGCUCAGUGGCUGUGGAGCGAUCAGCUUGUACGGGCGUAUCUGUCGCUGUUGGCCUGCAGCAAAAACAAAAUUACGCUGACGGCUGCCAUGGGGGCGCUGCAGAACCUCACACUGGGAAAGGGAGAGAUCUCUGAGAAAGUUGCCAAAAUUAUCCAGGAGCAAAAUGGACUUCAGAAAAUUAAGACUCUUGUAGAAAACGACAACACACUGAAGAAAGCAGCCUUGCUUCUGAUGAGGAACCUCUCCCGCUUUCCAGAUCUACACGACUCCAUCCUUGACAAUUUAUUGUCGAAAAACUACACAAAAACCUUUUUAUGGCUUUUGGACAUCAGUGCAGAAGAAUCUUCUGAGUUGAUGCCGGUUCUGUGUCGGAUCCUCAUAAACCUGAGCAAGAACAACGCGAAAACGGCCUCACAACUUAGCCGUGAACAGGAGGUGAUUAAUAUGUUAAAGGAGAAACAUGAAGGUAGAGCUAAACAGGCGGUGAAGGAGCUGAAGUACACGUUGCAGAAGUCUUCAAAAAAUAUAAAGAAGAUAAAACCAAAGUGCCCCAAAAUUCUCUUCAACCACUGCUACAAAAGACUCUGAAGUCCUGCUAUGGAGCUGAACAUCAAGAAAUCUGAUUCCAUAAUCAGUAAUAAAAUAUACAAAACGCAUUUUUUUCCCAUUAGGAGUUCUAUUUUUUAAAUUACUUUUUAUUGCAGUGCACAAAGAAAUAUGGGAUGAAAUGUUCAAAUGCAUGCCUUUAUAAGUAGGAGACAGAUACAUCAAAGCACUUUUUAGGAAACCACAAUGAAAUAAGCAAGUAUUCCCAGCCACUGUCCAGUGCUGUAUGGAUUGGAGAAAUUUAGCAGACUUGAAUUCUUUGUGGCAAAGAUAAUACCAGCUUCUUCUUUUUUUUAAAUGCAUGUUUUUUUUAUAUUGUAUGAAGACAGCUCAACAUCUAAUCAUAUUAAUUAUUACUAAGCACUUUGUGUGACAAUGCUGUGAAGAAUAGGAGGCUGAAACAAAUCAAAUCAACAAAUUAUCUACAAUAAAAACAAGAUGGGAAGAAAUGUUAUUAUUGAACACAUGAAAUGUAAAGUAUUCAAAAUG